AUGGCCACGCCGACGGGCUGCCGCUGCCGGGGCGCCAGCAGCCGCAGCGCCGCCGUCAGCAGCAGCAUCCUCUACAGCAUCUUGAAAAGCGACAGCGUCGAGGCGAGCGCGGACCAACAGCCGCAACACCUGCUGCGCCGCAGCUGCCCCGCCAGCGCGGCGUCCGCUCACGAGCCGCGGCAGCAGGCGUGCUCGUGCGGCGCCACGCGCCGCCGCGGCGCGCUGCGCUCGCCGCAGGUCACCUGCAAAGCCGCGUCCGCGAUCCUGGUCAAGACGCUGCGCUUCGUCAAGAACGUGCCGUGUUUCCGCGAGCUGCCGGAGGACGACCAGCUGACGCUGAUCCGCAGCGGCUGGGCGCCGCUGCUGGUGCUGGGACUCGCUCAGGACCGGGUGGACUUCGAGACCACGGAGACGGUGGAGCCCAGCAUGCUGCAGCGGAUCCUCACCGGGCAGCCGGAGCGCGCCGGCGAGCCGCAGGCCGCCCAGAGCCGGGCGGCGCUGGGGGUGUCGGUGGUGGAUAUCGAGGCCAUCAAGGCUUUUCUGAAGAAGUGCUGGAGCGUGGACAUCAGCACCAAGGAGUACGCCUAUCUGAAGGGAGCCGUGCUCUUUAACCCGGAGUUGGAGGGUCUGCGCUGCCUGCACUACAUCCAGGCGCUGCGGCGAGAAGCGCACCAGGCUCUGAACGAGCACAUCAGAAUGAUCCACCACGAGGACGCCACGCGCUUCGCCAAGCUCCUCAUCGCACUGUCCAUGCUGAGGUCCAUCAGCCCGCCCGUGGUCACCCAGCUCUUCUUCAAGCCCAUCAUAGGCGCCGUCAACAUCGAGGACGUGCUCAUGGAAAUGUUUUACGGGAAGUAGGUCAGACAGCGAUGGACUGCUGCGAAGCUUUAGAGACUCCGACAUCCCUGAGUCUGUGAUGAAGCAGCUGCUGGGAUUCAUAACUUAUUUGUUUUUAUAGAAACUAUUUUUUUAUAAAUAAA